AUGCCUGUUAAGGCUUCUAGCGAGGGAAAAAGGGAAAGAGAGGAGGAGAACUCUCACCGAUCUGACAAGAAGAAAAAGGGAAGUUUUAAGAACAAGAAAGAUUCCGAGUUUAGGAAAAACUCGAGUCAGUCUAAUAACAGACCCAAAUGCAGUAACUGCAGAAAGCAACAUUCUGGGAAAUGUACAAUUGACCCACGUGCUAAACUAUGUGGAAUUUGCAAGACCAAGGGUCACAAGACUUUAGAUUGCAAGGAAUUGAAGAACGCGAUAUGUUACAAUUGUAACGAGGAAGGGCACAUCAAAACCAACUACUCAAAACUUAUAAAAAAGCAUAGAGAGGCCAGGGAAACAAAUGUGUGA